CAAACUCAAACUCAUCCAUUCUAUCAAUUCACUUUUUAUUUUAAAAAAAAAAUCACCAAAAAAUUCAGUCUUUUCCAUUUGUUUCUCUUAUUUGCAUAAACAACCCAACAACAAUAAGAUCAACCACUGAAGAAACCGUAGGAAAAACAAUGGUGGUGCUGUCAAAACCAGCAAUUGAACAGUUUUCUCAUAUCAGAAACAUCAAGCCAACAACAUUGUUCCCUCAAAUCCCUCUUGUAGACCUCUCAAAACCUGAAUCCAAACACCAGAUAAUCAAAGCCUGUGAAGAAUUCGGAUUCUUCAAGGUGAUUAACCAUGAUGUUCCAAUGGAAUUCAUUUCCAGGUUGGAAUCGGAAGCCACCAAGUUCUUCUCUUUACCACUUUGUGAGAAGAAGAAAACAGGACAACCUGAGCCUUAUGGCUAUGGUAAUAAAAGGAUUGGACCAAACGGUGAUUUUGGUUGGGUUGAAUAUCUUCUCCUGACAAACAAUCAAGAUCCCAAUCUCCUAAGAUUCCUUUCAGGUGAAAACUUGGAAACCUUCAGGUUUGCUUUGAAUAAUUAUAUGUCAGCAAUGAAGAAAAUGGCAUGUGAGAUACUUGAAAUGAUAGCCGAUGGGCUAAAGAUUCAACCAAGGAAUGUGUUGAGUAAGCUGCUGAUGGAUGAACAGAGUGACUCUGUUUUCAGGCUUAACUAUUACCCUCCAUGCCCUGAUGUUCAACCUUUGAAUGGUAGCAAUGUGAUCGGAUUUGGAGAACACACUGACCCACAAGUCAUUUCAGUGCUGAGAUCAAACAACACUUCUGGCCUUCAAAUCUCUCUUAGAGAUGGGAGUUGGAUUUCAGUGCCACCUGACCAAACCUCAUUUUUCAUCAAUGUUGGUGACUCCUUACAGGUUAUGACCAAUGGAAAGUUUAAAAGUGUGAAGCAUAGGGUUUUGGCCAACAGUGUGAAAUGUAGGCUUUCAAUGAUUUAUUUUGGUGGACCACCUUUGAGUGAGAAAAUAGCUCCAUUGCCAUCUCUGGUGAGAGGGGAGCAAAGCUUGUACAAAGAAUUUACAUGGUUUGAGUACAAAAAAUCUGCUUAUGAUUCAAGCCUAGCAGAUAACAGGCUCAUACACUUUGAAAGAAUAGCUGCCUCAUAAUGCUUAAUUGAGUCACAUCUUUUAGG